CGAGGGCCGAGCCACCUUCUUCUACCCGCGGAGAGUAACGGUACACUGCGCUGUAUAUAUGAUCGGCUACACCUGCAACCCCAUCGGUUAACCACAACGGUGGCUGGACUCUUGAAGCAUUCAUCCACAGUCUAUCAACAGCUACAGUCGAUCAACGGAGAGAAAAAAACCAGAGCUCUGCUCUAAAUAGCAAUUUCAAAGGGAAAUCUUCAUCUCUCAUCACGUCGCAAGAGAACGUCGGCUACUAAUCCAUCUGCUGCUGGCCGGAAAAUAACCUAUGGCGGAAAAGAAAGCAAGGGAGAGCCUUAUUGCAGAUAAAUACAACGUUGAAGCCUCAGAAAUUCUCGCGAAUGAGGCGCAGCUCCUCCCAAUUUCAGAGGCGGCACCAAUAUAUGAGCAGCUUCUUUCGGCAUUUCCAACAGCUGCAAAAUUUUGGAAGCAAUAUGUGGAGGCAUACAUGGCUGCUAACAAUGAUGACGCAACUAAACAAAUAUUUAGCCGUUGUUUAUUGAACUGUCUUCAGAUUUCUCUCUGGCGGUGUUAUAUUCGUUUUAUCAGGAAAGCCAAUGAAAAGAAGGGAGCGGAGGGUCUGGAGGAGACUAGGAAAGCUUUUGACUUUAUGCUGAAUUAUGUCGGAACUGACAUUGCCUCAGGACCUGUAUGGAUGGAGUACAUCACUUUUCUGAAGUCACUGCCGGCUACAACAGCUCAGGAAGAGUCACAGCGCAUGACAUCUAUGAGGAAAGCAUACCAAAAAGCCAUUGUCACCCCAACUCAUCAUGUGGAACAGCUUUGGAAAGACUAUGAAAAUUUUGAAAAUUCUGUUAGCCGUGCACUGGCAAAAGGACUGUUAUCUGAAUAUCAACCGAAGUAUAACAGUGCGAGGGCUGUCUACAGAGAGCGAAAGAAAUAUGUUGAUGAAAUUGAUUGGAAUAUGCUUGCUGUACCCCCAACUGGUUCCUGCAAGGAAGAGCAACAGUACCUGGCAUGGAAGAGGUUUUUAGCCUUUGAAAAGGGGAACCCACAAAGGAUUGACACUGCAUCCUCCAACAGACGAGUUGCCUUCACAUAUGAGCAGUGCCUGAUGUAUCUGUAUCAUUAUCCGGAUAUCUGGUAUGACUAUGCUACAUGGCAUGCGAAAAGUGGUUCGAUUGAAGCUGCAAUGAAAGUAUUCCAGCGGGCUUUGAAGGCUCUUCCUGAUUCUGAAGUGCUUAGGUAUGCCUAUGCGGAACUUGAGGAGUCCCGUGGAGCAAUUCAGCCUGCUAAGAAAAUAUACGAGGGCCUUUUGGCUAAUGCGGUCAAUGCAACAGCACUCGCGCACAUACAGUUUAUCCGCUUUUUAAGAAGAACUGAAGGCAUUGAAGCAGCUCGCAAGUACUUCUUGGAUGCUCGGAAGUCACCAAGCUGCACAUACCAUGUAUAUGUUGCCUAUGCAAUGAUGGCAUUUUGUCUUGACAAGGACCCGAAGGUUGCACACAAUGUUUUUGAAUCAGGGUUAAAGAAAUUUAUGCAUGAGCCUGGGUACAUUCUCGAAUAUGCAGAUUUCUUGUGUCGCUUAAAUGAUGACAGAAACGUUCGUGCUUUAUUUGAGCGAGCUCUGAGUUUGCUUCCUCCAGAGGAAUCUGUGGAGGUCUGGAAACGGUUUACCCAAUUUGAGCAAACAUAUGGAGAUCUGGCAAGCAUGUUAAAGGUUGAGCAAAGAAGGAAGGAAGCUCUUUCCAGGACAGGGGAAGAGGGCUCAUCAACAUUAGAGGGUUCUUUGCAUGAUGUUGUCUCUCGUUACAGUUUCAUGGAUCUUUGGCCUUGCUCUUCCAAAGAUCUAGAUCAUUUGGCACGGCAGGAGUGGCUUGCUAAAAAUAUGAAUAAGAAAAUCGACAAAUCAACUCUCCCAUAUGGAACUAGUUCCGUAGGUACGGAGAAGGGUUCACCCGGAAUGGCGACUAAUUCAAAGAUAUCUGCACCAUCAACAAAAAUUGUUUACCCAGAUACCUCUCGGAUGGUGAUAUAUGAUCCUAGGCAGAAACCCAGUUCUGGAUUUCUUCCGAAUGCAACAGCACCUGGACUCCCAGCGGUUUCAGCCCCAAUACCUUCUAGUAACAAUGCAGCUUUAGCUAGUAGCGGAACAAUGAAGGGACUCGAUGAUAUAUUGAAAGUACUGCCACCAGCAUUGGUGACAUUUAUAGCACACUUACCGGCUGUUGAAGGCCCCUCUCCAGAUGUGGAUGUAGUAUUAUCUAUUUUGUUGCAAGGCAACGUGGCAAGUGGAAAUACGGGAAAGCUGGCUCCUUUGCCGCAUCAAUUACCGGCAGGCCCUGGUCCAAGCACAAGUGACCUUUCUGGAUCCAACAAAGCACGCUCAAACCAUAAUGAUUUGUCUUUCAGGCAACCCCAUUCAGGAAAAAGGAAAGAUCUUGAAAGGCAAGAAGAUGAUGAGUCAGCAUCUGUACAGAGUCGGCCGCUGCCCCGAGAUGUUUUCAGGAUUCGACAGAUUCAAAGGGCCCGAGGAGUGAGUAGCUCACAAACUGGCUCAGCAGCAUCUGGCGGGAGUGCAUUGUCGGCCGAACCAUCUGGGAGCACAGAUUGAUAUACUAUUAUUAUUAUUUUUUCUUUAUUUAUACUCCUUUUUGUAAUUCUCUUUAUAUAUUGCAAGUAAUUUGUUAGAGCA